CAGGGGCCUCGAGGGCGGAGUCCGGGCGUGCGGCCGGGCGAGGGAGGGGGCGCGGUGGCUGUGGAGUCCGGCGCUCCCUCAGGCCGUGGACGCGAUGCUGGCUGUUGCUGCGGCUCGGGCGGCGGGGCCCACAGGGAUGUGACGGGUCGUCGCAUCACCUUCAGUCCUCGGGCCUCAGGUCGCUGGGCGACCAGCAGCCGGGCCGCGGCCGAGGAGGCAGGGCCACCUGCGCACGGGUCGUAUGCAGUUGCCCAAUCUUGUGAUACUGAUGCCUCAGCCUCCCAGACUAAUGGGAUUACAGAUUCUGACAGAUUUUAAGAACAAAUGCACCUUAUAGCUCAUGGAAGAAAAAACACAAAUCAGAACAUUUUUGGAUUCCAAGUUGCCGAAGUAUGGAGCAAAAUCUGUAAGAAGUACACUGCAGCCAAUGCCAAGUGGGACAGCUGUUAAUUUAUUAGGAACGUCCAAGAGUAGUAAUGUGAGCAGUUACAUAAAAAACAAUGGAUCUGAUUGUUCAUUGUCCUAUUCAUUUAACUGGAGAAAAGCAAGUAAAUACAAAUUUAGUGCUCAAAGUAUUGAAGAGCCUAAUAAUACUCAAAAUUCACAUGAUAAAUUAAUUGAUCCUGAAAAACAUGUUCCUACUCAAGGAAGGUUUGAUAAAAAUGGAAUAAAGGGAGGUUUGAAAAGUGUUUCUCUGUUCACAUCAAAGAUAGCGAAGCCAUCCACUAUGUUUGUGUCAUCUGCAGAGGAGUUAAACCAAAAGUCUUUUUCUGGACCAUCUAAUUUGGGUAAAUUCACCAAAGGCACAUUAUUGGGAAGGACUUCCUUUUCUUCAGUCAGUGCUCCAAAAUCACAGUUGAAUGGAUUUUAUGGCAACCGAUCAACUAGCAGCAUGCAGAGGCCUAGAGCAAACUCCUGUGCCACCAGAAGCUGUUCUGGAGAAAGCUUAGCACAGUCCCCAGACAAUAUUAAAUCUAUUACUUGUGAGAAAAUGGUAAGGUCACAAAGUUUUUCACAUUCCAUUGAGAAUUCAUUCCUUCCCCCUUCAUCUAUAACUAGGUCACAUUCCUUCAAUAGAGCUGUAGAUCUCACAAAGCCUUAUCAGAACCAACAGCUACCCAUUCGAGUGCCUCUCCGGUCAAGUAUACUAGCAAGAAAUUCCAGGCAGUCAGAAGUUCUCAAUGGGAAUGAACAUUUGGGGUAUGGAUUUAAUAGGUCUUAUGCUGCUAGUGGAAAGAAGUUGGCUUUACCAAAUGGCCCAGGUGUAACUUCCUCUUUGGGUUAUAGGAUGGUUCAUCCCUCUCUACUGAAAUCUAGCCGACCUCCAUUUGCUGGGACUCUCACAGUUGAUGGCAAUAAAAAUUCACCUGCUGACAUGUGUGUAGAGGAAGAGACUGCAGAUUUGACUAAGGACAGCACUGCUAAGAAUGAUCAAGAACUAAUUGAAAAAGGAAGUUAUAGAACAGAAAAUGACCAGACCAUGAAACAUGAUGCUAAAAUUAGAUACCUGAGUGAUGAUGUGGAUGAUAUUUCCUUGUCUUCUUUGUCAUCUUCUGAUAAGAAUGAUUUAAGUGAAGACUUUAGUGAUGAUUUUAUAGAUAUAGAAGACUCCAACAGAACUAGAAUAACUCCAGAGGAAAUUUCUCUCAAAGAAGAAAAGCAUGAAAAUGUCCCAUCUAAAGAUAUAUUUGAUUCUCCUAAGGAAAAUGAAAAGGACUUCAGUAAAACUGAUGAAUGGCUAGAUAUAAGUGUAUCUGUUGAAGACAAGAGUGAAUGUGUAAAACAUACUUCUGGAAAUAACUUAAUUUCACCGGAUACAGAUUACAGAGCCGGUUCUUCAUUUGAACUGUCUCCAUCCGAUAGCUCUGAUGGGACAUACAUGUGGGACGAAGAGGGCUUGGAACCCAUUGGAAAUGUCCACCCCAUUGGCAGCUAUGAGUCCUCUGAAAUGAACAGCAUAGAUAUUCUGAAUAAUCUUGAAUCAUGUGACCUUGAGGAUGAUGAUCUUAUGCUUGAUGUGGAUCUGCCUGAGGAUGCACCUCUUGACAAUGUAGAUUGUGACAAUAUGAACCGCUUCGACCGAUCAGACAGAAAUGUGCGGCAGUCUCAGGAAGGAUUUUGGAAAAGGCCACCGCAGAGGUGGAGUGGACAAGAACAUUACCAUCUCAGCCAUCCUGACCACUAUCAUCACCAUGGAAAAAGUGACCUGAGCAGAGGCUCUCCUUACAGAGAAGCACCUUUGGGUCAUUUUGAAAGCUAUGGAGGGACCCCCUUUUUCCAGGCACAGAAGGUGUUUGUAGAUGUCCCUGAAAGCACAGUGAUGCUGGACGAGUUGACCCUCCGGCACAUGGUCCAGGACUGCACCGCUGUGAAAACCCAGCUACUCAAACUGAAGCGGCUGCUGCACCCGCAUGAUGGAAGUGGGUCCUUGCAUGAUGUUCAGCUGUCAUUGCCCUCCAGUCCAGAACCAGAAGAAGCUGAUGAGAUGUAUAAGAAUGAAGAUUUAUUAAAUGAAAUAAAACAGCUUAAAGAUGAAAUAAAGAAAAAAGAUGAAAAAAUUCAACUAUUAGAACAUCAACUUGCAACCCGAUGUAACUGCCACCAAAAAUCAAAGGAGGAAAAAUGCACAUAUGCUGAUAAAUAUACCCAAACACCCUGGAGAAGAAUUCCUCCUCAAGUACUACAGCCUUCCAGCAGCCUUUCCAGACCCACAGACCAUGCCCAGGGAAAACUAACAAAGCCACAACACACCGAGGCCCACAGUGAGUGCAUGGUCCAGGGCCUGCAUCAGGGCAGUGCACAUCCAGAUGGAAGCUUUUCACAUGCCAUGCAACAGGAAAACAGCAGUGGUUUGGAAGACCAGCCUUUUCCCUCCAGCCCACAGUUCACAGUGGGUGCAGCUAAGAGUACACCUUCUGAAGUGAACUUGAACAUGGCCACGAAUGCUCAAGAGCCUUGCCAUUUGAAAAAGAAUCAAAGUAGUGACACGCAGUUUGUACCUUCUUCUCUUCAAACACCUGCCCAGUCAAGCACAGAGGACCAAGCUACAAGAAUUGGAAGAGAUCCAUCUCUGCUGGUGGGCUACCCAUCUCAGCCCAAGUCCUCGCAGCUUUUAAAGCCGUCUGUCUUGAGUUCUUCAGCACCUCCUCCAGAUUCUGAAUCAUCUCCAAGUAGGACUCCCAAAUGUAAGAAGUCACCAAUAGUCACACCAUGUAAUUCAGCAAAGCUUCAGCCAACAUCUGGUCAAGCAGGUCUAACAAAUCUGAAUUUGAAAGUGUCCAGGCUCCGUCCCCCUUCCACCUCUUUCAAACAAAAACAAAAAGGCAACCCCAACCCUCGACUAGAACCUCAAAACUUCCAGGCCAAGACAAGCAUCCCGAGGCCAUUAGCACGACAGAAAGAAAUAAUGCAAAAUCCAAAUGGCAAUUUGCAUUCUGGGGAUUGUUUGGCCACUAAUCGAUAUUCUCGUCUUCCUAAACCAAAGAUACAUUAAGUACGUAACCAUCACUUGCCAAUUUGGUUUUUUUUAAAAGUCUGUAAUAGCUUUAUGUGCCAUUUGCUACCAUGUUGGAGAUUCUAUUGAAAGCCUCCAAAUCUCAAAAUUAAAAUGUGGAAGUUUCCACUAGUUUGGCUCUUCCAUUUUAUAUCCUGGUUGAAGUGCAUACCGUGGAAGCAGACUUGUCUCAGGUGAACACAAAAGCUUGCUUAUCCAUCUUGGAGGCCUACAAGUCGCUAAUCAUACAUCCAUCCCCCUGUAUAUCCAGAAAGUCGUAACGUUCCACUUAGCAGGUGAGAAGUGUGCUUUGCUGAUUCAGACCUGCUGCAGGUCUGUGUUGACUGCUUAUUGGAGCCACCCCUUUCCACGUGUUCCCCUUGUGAAUAUGGCUGCCACUUAACUAAAGAUGAGGGAAUAAUGGAAGAUAAUCAUCUGUAAGCAGAGCUCUGGCCAGUAUUUUGUAUAUUUAAAAGGUCUAUGCAAAAGCUUUGUCAUGAAUAAAGGAGAUCAGGCUUUUUUAAUGGGAAGUCUAUGUAAGUUUUAUUUUUCCUUACUAGGAUCAGCAAGUUUUACUAGUUGAUUCAUUUACAGGUAGAUUUCCCAGGCUGAAAAUGUUCAAUAUUGUAUAUAAACCAAUUAUAUUUUGCUUUAACAUCUUGUUUGUCAUGCACACAUUACCACUAUUGCUCUUUUUGGUACUGGGUGGAUAUGGAGAGCUUGUGAUACACCUUGAAACCCAUUGGUAAUGUUGUAUCUAUUGUAACAUCUCUUGGUGCUAGAGUUUUGCUGGCAGUUCAGUUUCAAACCCUCUAGGCUUACCCAUCAUAGCUGAUUUAAGGUUCCACAGCAUAUAUUUUAAAUUAAGUCUUUAUUGUAAUAUUUAUAUUUAUUGACUGCUAAUAUCCGAAGACUGGAAUAAUGGACUUGAAAUAUUUGCACAAAAUUUUGGUGGGAUAUAAGUAUCCCACACAUAGGGACUUAAAGCUUAUUUUCUAUAGCAAAAUAAGUUAAAAUAUUUUGAAAAAAAUUAAAAUUUAAGACUCUUGAGAAAGGUAGAAUUCAUAAUAGUUUUGCUUUUCUGGUUUCCUAGGUUUCUCCUUUCAGUUGGUGCAUGUUUGAAUGACAGUUCCUUGAAAAGUAGAUUUGGGAAAAAAAAUAGGACUAUACAUGGGAAAUGGUGUUUUAUUAAGAGAUAUUUCAAAAGAAAUAUGCUCAUUUAUUUCAAUGUGCUACCCCAGGUAGCUGUGGAACCUCCAAGCCAUCGCGUGUAUGCAUGCAAUCAUGCUUUGGGCCACUUGUUGGACAGUUCAGUAAAUUUGUCUUCCAUUCUCUGAGAUCAUCUUAUCUUUAGGCUGGUCAUCCAAAGCUAACUGAAUUGAAAUUAAUAUUUUUAGACAAAAAUACCUUACAAGGUCAAUUUAUGUUUUGAUCAGUUAACCAAAUAUAUAUCAAAAGGAAUUAUGACCAAAAAAAAAUCAUUCAAAUUUCUAGGGAUUCCUAUAAGAAAUAUACAUUACUGAAAUUAUUUGUUCUCUUUUAAGAGAAAAACAUCUCAAAUGCUUGAGUGGAAAUUCCCAAAGUGGUGUUUGCUCACAUUCUGAUCCAGGCUUUACCCCCAAGAGCCAUGCAUGUGAGGCUGCCGCGAACCUUUUGUUAGACUUGGUAUUAAGUGGGCAGCACAAAUCUAGUAUGGUAUACUCAUUUGUCUCAGUAUUUCACAUUUCCUGUGCUAUUGUCAGAGAAACCUUUGCCUAGUCCAGGUACUGUUAGUGUAAGGUCGCCAUCGCUAGAGCUCUGCUUUGUUUGUGGAGCUGAGCCUGGACAGCUGCAGCUUUGUAGAUAGGCAGUGUGUGAUCCUUCAUUUUGAAGGAGAAAAAAUACAGAUUUCAUGCAUUACAAAUAGGAUACUGACCUAAUGAAUUACAUAGUAGGCUCCUGGUUUGUUUAGAAGUUUGGUAUAGACCCUUAAGAAAUAUUAUUUACACGUUGGCCUUAUCCUUAGGGGAAACUUUUCACAUUUUUAUUUUUACCUACCCAGUCUAAAGAAAAUGUCUUCAUUGACUGUAACAUAAAAAGUAUUGACUCCGGUAAUUUAUUCCUUUUUGCUAUUUUUUAUUCUCCCCGAUGAAUUUGUAGAAAUGUUAACCCACGAAUGGUUCAGCUUCUCUGUACCUUUGUUGAGCCUUACUCUUGGCAGAAGAUAGGGUUAUCAAUAUAAUUAUGAAGCAUAUUUAAGAGAAAAAAUAGCUAGAAUGCUCAUACAAGUAAAGUAUUUUCCUGCAGUUUUCUUUUUUUUUUUGGUACCAGGGAUCAAAUGCGGGUCCUUGUGCUUGUGCAGCAGGCCGCGAAACCACUAAGCUAAAAUCCCCGGCCCACCUGCAGUUUUCUUUAAAAGCUGCAGUGUCAUGCUGGUCAGCUCCUUCGUAAAUAUGAAGUCAGAAAUGGAAGUGAGUGUAAUGCUGUCCUGAAUAACCAGAGCUCAGCUUCUCAUAUUUGGCUUGCUCUCUGUUUAUUGCUUCUGCAGAUCAGCUCUGGGCCAAGCCUUCCUCCUGCAAAAGCUUAGAUCACUAAUUCUUUUGUUACUGUGGUAUCAGUAAACACACUUGAAAUGUUUAAAUUCAAAGUCCUGAGGAAGAAGUUAUGUGGUGGUUAAGUUUCACAUUUGUGAAAGAGAAAAUUAAGAGAAUCUGGAAUAAUGUGUUUGGUUGUUAAUAGGAUGCACAUCAGUUUUUCUAAAGAAAGCUUGGCCUAAGGCGUUUAUAAGUAUAGGUAAGGAUGGUUUUAAGGCAGUAAACAGUGGAUUACAGAGUUACAUAAUUUAGAAUGUUUCUAAUAAUUGAGACCUUUAGCAUUUUUCUUUUGGAGUCUCAUUUUCAUUUGUGCAAUAUUUCCAGGCAUCUGAGACUACUGUUCAUUGUAUUUAUAUAGAUAUUAGAGAACUUACUAUUUUAACAAGUAAAAAUCUGAAUAUAUCAGAUUUGCACUUUAAAUGAGCUUAACUGCUUGGAGUUGUGCCUGAAAUAUCAAAAUGCCUCCUCUUAGGUGUGGCUUUGUUUAGUGAAAUGGAUUCCUCUGUAAUUGUUGCUGUUUGAAAAUAUCAGUAGAGCCUUUCACAGAAUCUAUCCCCCACACAUCACUUUUUCCAUUAAAGCACUGUUUUCUUUAAAUGUUCCAUUGUUCCCUUAAGUGUUUUACUAGUGUCAGUCACUGCAUCAGGGAGACUGUGACCUUCCCCCUAGCCAUCAUCUCUGGGGGAGAGGCGCACUCUGUCUUCCCAGCAGCGUGGUCCUCAUGCUUCCAGGCUCCAGAGCAUGUGCUUUGAAAUCACCAGGGGCCCUCGCAGAAAGAGAAGACUGAGGCGCCACCUCCGGUUCCUCUCUACCAUACACGGUAGUUUCGUGUUGCUGAGUUACUUUGGGCAGUUAUGUUUGCAUGCUUAUUAUGCACACAUUUGAAAAUUAUAACUAUAAUACAGACACCUUAUAUUUUUCCUUGGGGAUGAUGGCCUUGCUGUUUUUCUUAAUUCUGAUGCUUGAAUUCUGUUUGUUCUUGGUCUUUUUACAUGUUCCUUUAAGUUUUCUGCUGCAGCAAUUUGAGAGAAUACAUUUGUAUAGAUGAUUAUGAUGGUGGGCACCAAUGUACAAUUAUGUUAUUAAUGAAAAAUAAUGUCUUAACCUUGUUGAGGAAAAGUUACCCACUUUCUUCUUGGUAAAACAUUGCCAUAGCAAAAUAAUACUGACCCUGAAAGUUUAAA